CACGAGAAUACGAAGUCGGCGUACUGCAGUUGCACGGGCUGUCGCAUCUCUGCCUCCUCAUAUGGCCCACCUCACAUGGUCCGCAUUUCAGACCCCCGGCCGGCCGGACGGACGAUAAGAGGAGCGGCAGCGUGCAUUGCCGCUCCAUGUACAUACAUAAAAGCCGCAUUCCACCACAUCCCCCCCUCCCGCCGCCGUUUCGUCGUUACCCGAGACUCGCCGGCAGGCAGGCACAGUUCCGAUUGAAAUUUCCGGUGUCUUCGUGGUGGAACAUGAGCCAGUAUAAAUGCCCCGUCCCCUCCCUCCCCCGGAGCCAGGUAGGAAUAGCAGAUAACACUCGCACGCACGCACGCACACACGGGAUCACGAUGCUCUCACUGGACCCCCUCAGAAACCUCUACAGCCCUUCUCCAGCGGUCGGCGACCGCCGCUGGAAAGUCCAGCCGCCGAACCGCCCGCUCCUGGGCAUCCUCGCCGCAAAUGUGUGCAUACUCGUCACCGCCAUCAGCGCGCUGCAUGUCUACGCCGCUGAGGAUUACUGGGUCAGAGCUGAGGACUGGUACACCUCUCUGUUCGGAGCCAUCUUCGUUACGAUCGGCGUCGCAUUCGCGGUCUUCGCGGCGCUGGACAUAACGCUGUUCUACAAGCACCGGCUGAACCCGAUCUACGCCGUCAGCAUCGCGUCGAUAUGGAGCGCUGGCUGGAUCAGCGCCGCGGCUAUCAUGUGCAAGAUGUGCUCGCCCAUGGUGCGGUCCCUGUACACGGGCGACCCGUUUGGGGCCAAGGUCGUGCCGGUGCUCUAUGCUACGUUCUGCUGCGCGAAUACCGCGUUUUAUCUCUGGUAUCUGGUCCUGGCGGUCAAGACUUUUAGGAGGUGGAAACACGAGGAGAAAGAGAGAGUUGAGCUGAAGGACUGUGUUUGAAACGGGGAAUAGCGGAGGGGUGGGGUGGAGGGAGGGAGAGAGAGAGGGGAGGGGGUGCUCUAUGUUCGUGUACUGGUUGGCAGGGCAAUU